CCCACAUCCAACCCGAAUAACUGCAGAUGCCCGCAACCAAGCAACGACUGUCUGUCUUUGCUUCCACCUCUCUAUCUCUCUCUUCCUCUGGCAGGUGCACUGAGAUAAUAUCUGCCCUCUAUUUUUGGAUUUCGUCGAACCCCCUCAACCGUUUCAGCUUUUGUUGUGAUUUAAGUUUUCAAAUCCAAACCUGUUGUCUCGUUUAUGUUUGAUAACGGUCAAACAGCUCUUAGGCAACAGCCUCAACCGACCAGAUUAUCACUUCUUAAUGGAAGACAUUUUCUCUCUCGCUCCGGGGCGCUUUUUCGCAUCUAUUUUGGGUCCGUAUUUCCAUCGACGAAGGAGGGACCCUCAGUGAAUGAAACGGGGGCAGAAAGCGCGUCAGGCUCUGUUUAUAUAGGUUAUCAGCGGGAACGGAAGCCGCUUUAACCGCUUCUGGUGCCACAGUGGAUGCCGAUAGUGGGUAGUUUUUUUUAAAUUCUGAAUCAGCGAUCCUUCAAGAAGGAAAGUCGAUACAUGGAUACAUGGAUCCCAGAAGAAUAGUGGAUUAAUUAGACGGUUGUAUUUGCUCCACAAGUAAGACACUCUGUCCCCCUUAGAGCUCUUUGUCUUAACCAGUCAAAGAGCCUCUACCCAUUUUACCCAGUCUGUCUGCAGAGCCUGAUCAGACAUCAUGGGAACAGUACUAUCGCUCUCUCCGAGCUACCGUAAAGCUGCUCUCUUUGAGGAUGGCCCAGCCACAGUGGGCCACUAUACAGCUGUCCAAAACAGCAAGAACGCCAAGGAGGCUGCAACAGCUAAGUCCCUCAAACGCCCCUCCAUCAUUGGCGCUUUGCCAUGGAAACGGAUCGUUGCUGUAUCAGCAAAGAGGAAGGGUUCCAAGAAGCUUCAAUCAGAAGUUGGGGAUAGCGGGAAAGGGAGCUCUCCAGAAGGCCAUGCAGCCACCACAACCAACUCAGCCUCCAACAGCUUAAAGUUAAAGAAGUCUCAGUCCUGUGCUAACCUCACGUCAUGCUCAUCCGGUCAGGACCCCUCAGCUACCACUACCACUACCUCCUCCCACAUGCCCACCUCCAAGACCGUUGCAAACGUAGCUGCCGUAAUCGCCAAAAAGAAUUCCCUCACAGGACCUGAAAUCCAGCCUUCCACUGCUGCUGGUACACCAAAACGUAUCAUCGUCCAGGCUUCCACCAGUGAACUGAUGCGUAGCCUUGGGGAGUUCCUCUGCCGUCGCUGUUACAGACUGAAGCACUUGUCCCCGACAGAUCCAGUGCUGUGGCUGCGCAGCGUGGACCGCUCCCUGCUCCUGCAGGGCUGGCAGGAUCAGGGCUUCAUCACUCCAGCCAACGUGGUCUUCCUCUACAUGCUGUGCCGGGAUGUGGUCUCUUCCGAGGUGGCCUCGGAGCGUGAGCUUCAGGCCUCGCUGCUCACCUGCCUCUAUCUUUCCUACUCCUACAUGGGCAAUGAGAUCUCCUAUCCCCUAAAGCCCUUCCUGGUAGAAGCAGAGAAGGAAGCCUUCUGGGAUCGCUGCCUGGAGAUCAUCAACCGGAUGAGUGGCAAGAUGCUUCAGAUCAACACUGACCCGCACUUCUUCACCCAGAGACCUCGGCUGCCAGACCCCAGUUCCCACCUCUAUUUCCACCGCUCAGUGCUUUCAACAGCAACAUGGACAAAGAGUCUUACCCUUCACCUGCCCUGGUUCCCUAGCAUGCUGCUUUGUGUUGGACACGCCACACCUCAACAUACAAAUAAGACUGAGGGGAGGUUUUGCUGAACUACUGAAAGUAAGACACGAUGAUGCGGCCUCAAGACGACACAGAACAAGCCCUCUCUCAUGACGGAAAUUUGUGGCAUAGUUUAGAAUUGAUCAGUUAAUGAAAGAGCCGGCAUUAGCCCUUCAUUUUAAACUUCUGUUAUGUGUUAACAUAGCACUGGGGGCAUGCCAGAGCUCACAUUUCUGAAUUACCUCCAUUAGCUGAAGUUAGCAGUAGGAUACACAGGCCCUAUCUCCACCUCUCCAAGUAUUUUUGAAAUGGAUAUUUUACUCCUCUGGUUUGGAAAAAUCUACACAAUCUGUAGGAGUCCAUUUUGCCCCAGUGGUUGAUAACAAUGAAUAGCUUUACAAUAUUAUAUACUCUUAACAUCUGGUUCAUGCCUGCCUUUCUGUCUUCAUGAAGGGCCUCUCAGAACAGAAACACCAUUGCAUGCCCUUACAUGAGCAUCAAUUUGCCAACUUUUUUAGUGGUCUUUCAGUUUGGUGGGUCAUGAACAUCCCCAUUUUUUAGCUUUCCGUGUGAGGAGCAAAUAUUAUUUCCUAAACAUGAAGAGCUUUAAAUUAGAGUCUGAAGAUGGUUAAAUAUAGAUACCAAGGGGAUAUUUAUUGCAAAAUGUCAAAAAACAAGUUAGAGAUAAACAAUUUAGAGUUAGUUUUUGGAAGGCACAUCCUCUAUAUAACCUUCUUCUCUUAUCAAUUGUUGUAUAAAUGCAGAUUUUAUCUGCAGCACCAUCUACAGUUUAAAAUGAGAAGUGCAAUGUGUGUGUGUUGUGCACUUUAAGUGGAAGUAUAAACUUUAAAGCAAUGUUCUUGACAUCAGAAUUUUCUGUAGACAUCUAAAGCAAAAAGCAAUACUUGAGCUAUAUGACCCAACACCACUCUCACCAAGUCCCCACAUUCUGAAACCUAUUCUGGUUCAUUCAUGUAAAUUAUUUGUGGUUGUCACAUGCACAAAGGAAACACCUGUCAGUGUUCAAGUGCGCUUAGAAUAAAACACAGUUUUACUCAAAAACUUACCAAUGAAAAAAUGUUUUUUUUAGGGAUCAAGGUUAUGUUUAGUCAUUAGGGAAUUAGGGUAAAUAAUUUACGAACCUGAAAUGGUCUGUGAGUGGUGUGUCCUGGGAAUGUUGGGGGCUAAAAAAGAUUGCUCUCUAAUAUUUUUCCAGCAAGUAAUACUGGGUUUAAGAUUCAAAAGAUUCUUCCAAAGCAAUUCUAACUCAUGUCAUCUGUCACAUUUGUAGUAUUUUUCUUUAGUCAAAUAACUUCCUCAGCUUACAUUUCAAGUUUAAUGGAAGCAAGUCAGGAUAAAUUGUGGACAAAAAUAAGUUUCACUGUGGUUGAGGUUUCUAGCCUAGACAGCAAUCAUGGGCAUGCGCCAAGCAGGGUGCUACAUCAUAAUUUUUAAUAAUCUCCUAAUAAUGAGUCAAUUUGAACAUGCAACAAACUUAGUUGAGUUAAAGUUUUUUAAACAAAUUUUAAAAAAUCACCAAAAACGCAGCCUGCAUGUGAAGGGGAAGCGCUAACUGAGCAGAAAAAAUCUGUUUUGCAAAAUAUCUGGUUUGUGUGGAUGGGGCCUAAUGGGGUCUAAUUCUGAGGAAACCUUCAUAUGCCAUUUAUCAAGGUAAAGUAAUAGCAGUAGAUCAACAAAGCCACACAAAAUGAGGGAAAUGUUUGACAUGAUCAACCCAGAGGGUUUAUCUUGAUAAUUUAAUGUCAUCAAGUCCAACUGUAGCUAAUAAACUGUCUUCAGUUGUUAAAUACCUCUGCCUUCUCAAAAAGGUCAGAGAUCUUGUGCCAUAUCAUUCUGAAGACUUAUUAUUUCAUAUAAAACAAAAAAAAAAGAAACAUGAGCCAAUUGAGAGUCUCUGACUCCUGAACAAAAGAGACUAUAAAGAAAAAAAGUGUUUUCAUACAUUCUGUAUCAGAGAUGUAGAGCUGAAAAGAAUGACUUUUGAUGAUGGAUUUAAAAAAAAAAUUGAAGCUUGUGAUUUUCUUACACAAUGAAAUUGUAUGAUUACCUUUGUUAAAUGUAUGGCAACGUUGGAAUCACCUAACUGGAGCAUUCAACACAUCUAUAUGGAUUUGAUGAUUUCUGGAGAAUAAUAGGCUGUUUGAUAUUUCUGAGUACUAAACAAUAUCAGAAUUACAUAUGCAGCUGGAUUUAAAAAGAAAAAGAAAUGGAUUUUUACAAUGAUGAAUGACUAUGAAUAAUUAGCAAAUUCCAGGCAAGGUGUUAUCAUGAUGCAGAAAAUAAUCAGACUCUGGUUGCAGUUUGGACAUAGAUUAUAUCCAACUGAGCUGCAGCAACUAGAAUGCUGAAAAUAUGUAGCCCUAUUACCACUUCAGACCUCACAGGUCAAAUAUGCAGAGAAAGAAUGAUAUUAAGCCAAAAGAGCUUAUUUAUGUUUCACUCUUCCUGAAAGUUUCUGAUGGCUUAAUCAGAUCAGUAGCAUCUCUUUUAAAGGCAUUUCCAACUCGACUGUUGAACAUCUCUUUCGCAUAUUUUCUUCUAUUCAGCAGUCCAAGCUCCGGAGGGUGAUACAUCUGUUGCUGCAGGGUAAUGGAUAAAAGUUGGGUUCAAAGGUUAGUGAUACUAAUUUCCACAAGAACAUCCCGUAAACUCAUAGAAGUCAAAGUGAAAACAAAUACCUUGUUUUUCUAGGUUUCUGUGAUUUUAGAGACAUUGAUAGAGCGACAAUGAAUGUGGUAUUAUUUCAUUUGGAGUCUUAGAAAAUUGUUAAAAUCUUAAAGGUUUGCCAAAACCGAUCAAUCUUUCCUUUCCCCUGCAGUGAUUUUGUAAUAGUUAUACCUUAUUACAUUGAGUUCACUAUUUAGCUGACUUUACAUUGCAGGUAAUUUAUUUCUAAUUGACCUAAUGUAGGCCUAUUUUACAUGCAAAAAGGAAAUACUGUGCUGAAAGGCUUUAGUUAUACCAAAUAGCCAAAUAUCUUAACCAUAUUGUUCUUGGAUUGUGGAGUUGGUAACUCUUGGCAUAUUAACUAUCAUAUGAUAAAACAUAGAUUUGCACUGUUUAACUG